CACCAAGGCCUCGCCGCUUUCCCUUCCGCUUGCUUUGGGCAGCUGUGACUUGCAGCUUCAAGAUGGAAGCUACGCUAACAGCUAGCCAGAUCCGGCAACGGUUUAUUGACUUCUUCAAGGAAAACAAGCACACCUAUGUGCACUCAUCUUCUACAAUCCCCCUGGAUGACCCCACGCUGCUCUUUGCUAAUGCUGGUAUGAAUCAGUUCAAACCCAUCUUCCUCAAUACUAUUGACCCCUCGCACCCGCUCGCUAAACUGAACAGAGCUACCAACACUCAGAAGUGCAUCCGAGCAGGGGGCAAGCACAAUGACCUGGACGACGUCGGGAAAGAUGUCUACCACCACACCUUCUUCGAGAUGUUGGGGUCCUGGUCCUUUGGGGAUUAUUUCAAGGAGCUUGCUUGUAAACUGGCACUGGACCUUCUCACCAAGGAGUUCGGCAUCCCUGCUGAAAGACUCUACGUCACUUACUUUGGUGGAAAUGAGGCUGCGGGACUGCAACCAGACCUGGAGUGCAAGCAGAUAUGGUUGAAUUUGGGUCUGGCUGAGGGCAGGAUUCUGCCUGGCAAUAUGAAGGAUAACUUCUGGGAAAUGGGAGACACAGGCCCCUGUGGCCCUUGCAGCGAGAUCCACUAUGACCGGAUCGGGGACAGAGAUGCUUCGCACCUGGUCAAUCAGGAUGACCCCAACGUCCUGGAGAUCUGGAACCUGGUGUUCAUACAGUUCAACAGGGAAGCUGAUGGGACACUGAAACCUCUUCCUAAGAAAAGUAUUGAUACUGGGAUGGGCCUGGAGAGGCUGGGCUCUGUGCUGCAGAACAAGAUGUCCAACUAUGACACCGACCUCUUCCUUCCUUACUUUGAAGCCAUCCAAAAGGGCACGGGUGCCAGGCCAUACAUGGGGCAAGUUGGUGCUGAGGACGCCGACGGUAUAGACAUGGCCUACCGCGUGCUGGCUGACCAUGCACGGACCAUCACGCUGGCCCUUUCUGAUGGGGGCAGACCUGACAACACUGGCAGAGGGUAUGUGCUGAGGCGCAUUCUCCGACGGGCUGUGCGCUACUCCCACGAGAAGCUUAAUGCCCCCAAGGGUUUCUUUGCUACUCUGGUUGAUGUGGUGGUGCAGUCACUGGGAGAUGCCUUUCCUGAGCUGAAGAAGGACCCAGAUAUGGUGAAGGACAUUAUCAAUGAAGAAGAGGAUCAGUUCCUGAAAACACUAAGCAGAGGACGUCGCAUCCUGGACAGGAAGAUCCAGAGUCUGGGAGACAGUAAAACCAUCCCUGGUGAUACUGCCUGGCUGCUGUAUGACACCUACGGUUUUCCUGCGGAUCUCACUGGGCUGAUUGCAGAGGAGAAGGGCCUUGUUGUGGACAUGGAGGGCUUUGAAGAAGAGCGGAAAAAUGCGCAGCUCAAAUCCCAAGGGAAGGGUGCCGGAGGGGAGGACCUCCUCAUGCUGGACAUCUAUGCCAUCGAAGAGCUGAGGGCCCGAGGGCUGGAGGUGACUGACGACUCCCCAAAAUACAGCUAUGCUUCAGAUCAGAGCGGUGCCUACGAUUUUGGGAGCCUCGUGGCCACAGUGAAAGCCAUCCGCAGGGAGAAGAAGUUUGUGGAGGAGGUGUCCACUGGCCAGGAGUGUGGGAUAGUGCUGGAUCGGACCUGCUUCUACGCCGAGCAGGGAGGGCAGAUCUAUGACGAGGGCUACAUGGUCAAGGACGAUGACGGCAGGGAGGAUAAAACAGAAUUCACGGUGAAGAACGUGCAGGUCCGAGGAGGCUACGUGCUUCACAUAGGAACUCUAUAUGGAAGCUUGAAAGUAGGAGAUCAGGUCCACCUGUCUAUUGAUGAGACUAGGCGGAGGCCAGUCAUGAGCAACCACACGGCCACCCACAUCCUCAACUUCGCCCUGCGCUCAGUGUUGGGGGAAGCUGACCAGAGAGGGUCGCUGGUCGCACCGGACAGGCUGCGGUUCGACUUCACAGCCAAGGGAGCCUUGUCUACCCAGGAAAUCAAGAAAGUCGAAGGGAUUGCCAACCAGAUGAUUGAGGAGGCAAAGACUGUGUACGCCAAGGACUGCCCUCUUGCAGCAGCCAAAGCUAUCCAAGGACUGCGGGCAGUUUUUGACGAGACCUACCCCGAUCCUGUCCGUGUGGUCUCGAUCGGCAUCCCUGUGGAGGAGCUGCUGGCUGACCCCUCUGGCCCCGCGGGCUCCAUCACUUCUAUUGAGUUCUGCGGAGGGACGCACUUGCAGAACUCCAGCCAUGCUGGCCCCUUUGUGAUUGUUUCAGAAGAAGCAAUUGCUAAAGGCAUCCGGAGGAUAGUUGCAGUCACCGGGGCCGAAGCUCGGAAGGCCCUCAGGAAAGUCGACAGCCUCAGGAAACUGUUGUCAGCCCUGGAGGCCAAGGUGAAGGUCCAGACCGCUCCCAACAAGGAUGUGCAGAAGGAGAUCGUGGAUCUCGGUGAGAUGCUGGCCACUGCUGUUAUCCCACAGUGGCAGAAAGAUGAACUGAGAGAGGCUGUUAAAGCACUGAAGAAAGUUAUGGAUGACCUGGACCGAGCAAGCAAAGCCGACAUCCAGAAACGAGUGAGCCCUGGGCGGGAAUAAAGGGCAGAGUGGGAGGAUCCCCCGAGGUCCCCGUGGGUGCCGCGGGGGCUGGUCGCCAGCAGGGGGAAGGCGUGCUGCAAUGACUUUGUCGUCCUACAGGCCCUGAACGAAUCUCUGAAGCUCUUCAAGACUUACUCGCCCCAGACUGCCGCCAUGCUCUUCGCUGUAGAUAACGAAGCUGGCAGAAUCACCUGCCUGUGUCAAGUACCCCAGGAGACCGCAAAUAAGGGCCUGAAGGCCAGCCAGUGGGUGCAGGAGGUGUCUGGCUUGAUGGACGGCAAAGGCGGGGGGAAGGACGUCUCCGCGCAGGCGACGGGCAAGAACGUGGGCUGCCUGCAGGAGGCCCUGAAACUGGCCACGGACUUUGCCAGGCUCCGGCUGGGGGAGCUGAAGAACUGACGGGGGGGUGGGGGGGGGGGGGUG